UGAGAAUAUAUUGCCCCUUGCUGUGCAACGGUUAACUGCACUAAGCUUGUUUGAUGACUAUGGCCAAAUAAUAAAAUUUAGCUUCUUACUAUGCUGAUCUGUCUUUUUUUUUUUUUUCUAAAUGUAGUUCUGAAAAUGAAAUCUUAGGUCUUUCACAGGAGCUCUGAGAAGCUGAGUUCUGCACCAGCCCAUGCUACCUCUGUCAGAACUCACAGGAGUGAGGAGGGCAAAAGUCAUCUACUCACUGAGUCAGGACACAGAGUCAGAAACCUGAGUGAUCACAGAAGCAACAGCUGCAAUACUUCAACUUCUCUUCAGAUCUUAAGUCUGAUCCCUGGCUAUGCAAGUGUCCUUUGUUUAACUGUGUUAUUUGUUUUUCCCUCUGCUUCCAAAUAGUGUCACUAAGAAAAAACCCUCUGAUGUGAAACCUCAGUAAGCAGAAUCCAAGUACCGCCAGUUUGUAAUGCAGCAACGAGAAGUCCUUUCACUGCUCAUUAUUGGGCUUUAGCUUUCAUGCAGAAACAAAACAGUACGCUAUUCCACAGCAUGUAACACUUCCCCACUAGAAAAUAAGCUAAGCAGCAUUUUUCUCAUCCAAACAAGCCAACCAACCUACCAGCUUUCAAGUAGCAGUCGGGGUUUUUUAAGUACGAGCUGUUAAAACGCUUUCUGUCUUAAAGCUACAGCCUUCGCACGUGGCUACCUGCCUCUCCUCAGAGACCACUGCCGAACCAAAGGUCCUCACACACGCCAAUGAGCCAAUACCCAGGCGCUAGGCUUUGUAACGGCCAGCCGAGACGCCUGAGCACCUCACUGCAGCGCUGAGUCCCGCUAACCCGGAAACGCAACACGCACUGCACCGUGACCCCGCCGCCGCCCCGCCCGUGCUCCGCUCCCUCCCGCGUGCUCUCUGUCCCAUGGCGGCGGCGCGGCCGGUGCUGGCUCGGGCCUUACUGCAGCAGUGCCUGUUCGCUCGGCUGCAGGUGAAGCCGCCCGAGCGCGGUGCGGAGGCUGAGUGGGAAGAGAUCCAGAGAGGGCUUGUUAUCUACAUAUGCUUCUUCAAAGGUGCUGAUGAGAAUCUUAUUCCAAAAAUUGGCAAUGUGCUCAUCAUACCACAAGCUACGCUGGGUGGUAAACUGAAGGGAAGAAAGAUGCAGUACCAUGCAAACAUUGAAAAAGAAAAGGGAAUGGAACUUUAUUCUCAGUUUGUGACUUUGUGUGAAAAGGAGCUGGCUGCCAAUGCCAAAUGCAUGGAAGCAGGUGUUCUUGUUAAGCAUGGCACGUAUGGAAACAGACAGGUGUUAAAACUGGAUACAAAUGGACCUUACACUCAUCUAGUUGAAUUCUGAAAAAAUAAAUGCUAUCACAGAUACAA